UAUAAAAAUGAUAGUAGGUUUCGUAUAAUGUACCCGAAUGAUAAAAAUGGACCGUUGAAGCUGAAUCCGUUUAUGAAUCAGAAACUGGACCACAAUAUGUUGAAAACUAUACAAAACUUGUGUUACAAGUCAAAUGCCCCUUUUAAUAUGACUUCGCCGUUCCUAGUGGACAAUAUCUUGCACCAUCAGAAAGUGAACUUGCACAAUCAAUAUCUAAACCAGCAAAUUGAAAAUUACGUCAUGCAGCGUAACUACGAACGGUCUAGGGAAACCUCUCCAGAUUUGGAGAAACCUGACGAAGAGCAUAAAUUAGAAAACGAUAACGACUCAAAAACGGACGAUGAGGAAUUUUCAAAAACCGAACAGUAUUACGACUUUAAGAACGACGAGAAAGUGUUAAACAUUCCAAAUUUGAACCGUCGCUGUCAAAAUUGUAACGGUUUCGAGUGUUCGCCUUUCGCUUGUAAAAAAACAGGUAUUACGAGACUUGAAGAGCUAGAAAAGAGAUUUAAUAUGAGUUAUCAGGAUGCCUCAGAUGAGGACGGGAAAGAAAAGGCGUAUACAGAUGAUUUAGUAAGAUGUGAGGAGAUGGAGAAGAAGCCUAUGCUUAAAUUUAGUGUUAGUGCGAUUUUGGGAGACCGGGAAGAGGGUGGGGCGAAAAAUAGUGUUAAUGACUACCGACAACCAAUGAUGACGCCGUGGCCCAUCGCGAAGCCCAUCGCCAGCCGACCCAUCCCCGUCCAGCACCAGCACUUACAGCAUCUCCUGGCGCACUGCCACCACCCCUACUUAGCUGUGAGACCGUCGCAGGCGCACACGCAAGUGUUUCCGCUGCCCGGCGCCUUUCCCUGGGCACACAGUUCGAGAGGUAAACCUCGGCGGGGCAUGAUGCGGCGCGCCGUGUUCUCGGACCUGCAGCGCAAGGGGCUGGAGAAGCGGUUUCAGGUUCAGAAGUACAUCUCCAAGCCAGACAGGAAGAAGCUGGCUGAGAAGCUGGGACUCAAGGAUAGCCAGGUCAAAAUCUGGUUCCAAAAUCGUCGCAUGAAGUGGCGUAACUCCAAAGAGAGGGAGCUGCUGGCGUCUGGCGGCUCCAGAGAGCAGACGCUGCCGAACAAGAACAACCCUCACCCGGACCUGUCUGACGCUGAAGUGGACAAGCAGAAGAUGUCUCCGGUACCUGAGGAUGAGGAUAAGAAGAUGUUCGCCAGCACUUCUGGGGAGUUUAGAGGUUACGAAGAUAAAAUGGCGGCCCCGUUCUACCGCGAGCCGUUCCAACCAAUGGAUGAGGCGGAGGAUUUUGACAGCGAUAGCGCCAGCGACGAGGAGAUCAACGUGACAUGA